AUGCCCUCCGCGAUUCCCGCGGACCACGGCGUCCCCGGCGUCGGCGCCGCAGCCGCCUUCCUGGACGAACUUCUUAAUGAUGCUGAGUCUAUCAAGAAGACCUCGUCUAUUGAGCCGCCGCUCAAAAAGACCGAUUUUGAAGAUCUUCCCGGUCGAUUGAGCCGCACGCUAGGCUGGGACUUGUCCAACGAAGAUGCUACUAAGAAGACUCAGCGCUAUGCUAUCAUCGAGACCGCCGUGCGCGAUACGUUCAAGUCUCUUAUUGCAACAACACCCAUCGAGGCGCCCGAAUUUGUCCGUGUCUGGAACCUGCUGGACAUUUUAUCUUUCCUUUCCGAUAGUGAGCUAUGCGAUCCGGCCCUGCUUUUUUGGAUUGUAGAAGAGCUCCUCGAUAGCCAGACUAUUGCUGGCUGCCGCAAGGUUUUCGACUUCCUCGAAUCGCGCCGUGAGCGCAUCACGGCCAAGCAUCUGAAGCAGAAGCAACUGGUCAUCCUCCGUACCUGUAAUGAGCUAUUGCGGCGUUUGUCCAGGGCGCUUGAUCCCGCAUUUUGCGGGAGAGUCUUCAUUUUCAUGUUUCAGACCUUCCCUCUUGGCGACAAGAGCUCGGUCAAUCUGCGAGGCGAGUACCACCUGGAAAAUGUCACCACUUGGGAUCGUGAUAUCCCUGCGCAGGAUGGCGACAAGAUGGACGUGGAUAGCGAGGCAAAACCGCAGCUGGAUGUUAAGGCAUUGGAUCCUGACGCUUUGUACCCCAUCUUCUGGGCCUUGCAAGAAAGUUUCAACCAGCCCAAAAGGUUGUUUGAACCGAGCAACCUUGCUGCCUUCAAGGCUGGCCUUGAAGCUACCAUGGCGACAUUCAAGAGUAUCAAGCCUGAACAGCCGUCACGGGCUCGAGAAAGGCCAGAAAAGCCACCUGAGGAGAUCAAGCACUCCCUCAAGAAAAAACGCGAUGAUCUCGAUGAGGAACUCGCCAGCGGGUUCAACCCUAAAUAUCUAACCAGUCGUGACCUUUUCAAGCUUGAAAUCAGUGACCUGGCAUUUCGUAGGAACAUCCUGGUCCAGGCGCUCAUCAUCAUGGAGUUUUUGCUCUCCCUGUCGCCAAAAGCGAAGGAGAAGCUCACAAGUGUCAAGCAACCCAAUAAGUCUGUAAUGUACCUAGAUUAUCAACUUAGCGAAGAGGACACAAAAUGGGUGCUUGACAUGAAAGAGCGCAUUGUCGACUACCUCAAACAGGGCCCUGAAGGCCCCUAUUUCAAUCGCAUGGUGGAAACUGUCCUUUCGCGCGACAAGAACUGGGUGCGCUGGAAGAUCGAAAAUUGCCCACCUAUCGAGCUGCCACCACUGUCUCCGGUCAUUUUCGAUGAGGCACGUUCCACCAUCAGCAAACUUGCCACAACGAAGCGUCCACGAUCUGCUCCGCUCGGGUCACUGUCCCUCGACUUCCUCAACGACGAUGAAGAGGAUGAUGAUAGCGGGGCUCGGGCCAUGCAAAAGCUCAAGGAUCCCACCCGCUACCGGCUACCCGAGCUGAGCACACUCAAGCGCGGCAUUGAGGAAGACGAUCUCGAGAUUGACAUGCCCAUGAGCGAGGAGUCCAAAGCACGCGCCAUCGAGGGGAAGGCAAGCAAGACAUGGCGUGCGCUCCGGAUAGCUGCCAAGUCAAAGCUAGCAGUCUUUGAUCGUAUCGACGAUGACGAGAAGAUUGAUAUCGUUUUCCAGGAGAUGUCUAUCCAGCAGCAGGAUGGAGCUGAUCGGGAGGAGAUGGAGGAUGGUUCGAAUGGUGAGGCCAUAUGGCCCGAUGACCGCCGUGCGAUCAUCAUCGUUGACACCACAGGCGGUGAGAGCGAUGUGGUGAAAAAUUUCCUCGCGAAACACUGCAAGGUGUUUGUACGAGUGGUGCAGCACACAACACGUAAGCCGCGCGAGGGCGAGAUCAACGGGAAAGAUUUCCAUUUUGUGGACAAACAGACUUUUGGUAUGAUGCGCGAUGGGGACCAGUUUCUGGAGUAUAGUGAACCAGAGGAAGGGCAAGAAGGAGAGUGUCGUGGCACAAGUAAGAAACUGGUGGACAGUAUUAUGGACAAUGAUCGGGUGCCAGUAAUGGAGCUGAAUCAGGCGGGUGCACAGCAGGUAAAGGACAAUGGGUUCGAUGCUCGGUUUAUCCUUGUGAAAGACCCAUUACAGGAUGCCGAAAAUGGUGAGUUAUUUGAGACAGUUGUCGAGAACAAGUUGGAAGCUUUAGAAGCAGCCAUAUUUGGCUCGACCAACACAGCCGUAGAUGCUACAGCAGCGGGCUUGGGGGACGGCGAUGGUGAUGUGACUAUGGCAGAUGGGAUUGAGGCAUGA